AUGAAGACAUAUAAUAGCCUAGUUGCGGCAGUUGCUUUUCUUCCUCUGGUCUACGGCGAUAGAGUGACCCUCAGCAUCUCGAUAUCUCAAACGAUGAUAACUGUGGAAGCAUUGACUUCUCCAAAUCCGAACACCGAUAUGCGGUAUGCCAUGUUUCUUCGUUAUGCCGAAUUACCCAGAGAACUACUUCUAACCCAAGCAAAGGGCGCGGUAAUCAUGGGUGCAACCGUAGUCAACUCUGUCAAAACGGGGGCUUGCAAGACCCCAAUUGCCAAUGUUGAUUUAUCUGACAAACUGGAAAAUAAUGUCCUGUGGGGAGACAAUGGUAUCUUAUUCGAUUAUCUUACCUUCGACGCCGGGGACUACAUCUCUGGCAACACAGCGUUUGACCUUGCAGUUGACUACUCGCACCUGGCUGAUGGAGAGCUCGAUGACGACGAAACAAAGAUCAGCAUCCAGCUGCUGCUUAUGAACCAAGGCGAUGUCGUGCAGAAUCAGGAAAUCGAAAAGUUCCCGACGAAGGAUGGUACCGGUCCAUUUUCGAUCAAAUGGAACCCGGACGAAGGAAGAUAUACCGCUUUUUCCAUCGCCGUGAACCUCAUUUCCACUUCGCUCGCUUUCGAUUCCCCAAAGGUAGCUUUGGACAACAUUGCCUGGGAUCACUUCAGGGUGGACGGAGAUGGUAAUAUAGAUACCGGGGAUGAUAAGACAACCACCAGUGCUCCAGAUGCGACCACCGUGGGUAAUUCGACAAAUAGGCCACCCUUCAGCCACACAGAGACUUCAGCUCCUGCUACAACUUCGGCUCCCUCGAGAUUAAACACCACCAGCAGCACAUUCGUCUUCCCCAGUCCAACUCGGACAACUGAGGUACAGAGCUCGACUUCUACAGGUCUUGCUCAGACUUCUGCACCUACUUUAUUCGACUUUGUUGCUGUGUUAGCUGCGGGUGCAGCUUUUCUCUAA